UUCCCUUUUUGAGGGAUAUUUCCUCUGAGUAAUAGGGAAAGAGGAUAUUGAUUAGCUGUGAAGGUUUUUAAUGCAAUAGACCGAAAUGUUAUAGCAAUUAUGGAAGUAGACUUGCCAUAUAUAACGUGUGUGUGUGGAUGAGAAAUAAACUGAAAUACGUAAUGUUGAGAAAGAAUUUGUGAAACGCAAGUUAGAGGGAUCUAACACAGAAAUCAAUGUGAUUUCGUUAAGUAAAUUAAUAGCAUAUAAAAUGCUUCCAGAAUUAGAUCAUUUGAAUUUCAGUGUUUUAGAGCAUUAUAUUUUAACGCUGAUUUUAAGUGUAAUUAUUGUGGUAAUUACUGUUAUUGUAUCUAAAAUAUAUGCUACAAAAAUCGAUUUUGGAAAGAAGGACACGAAACGUUCAGAAGUAAUAUAUAUUAAUAAACCUGAUGACAAACAGUUCAGUACAAUUAAUUCUAAGAUGAAGAGGCCAUUAGCUGCAUUUGCUGAAAGCAUGAUACAUGCAGAUAUGACAGAAGAGCAAUUAUUAUGUGAGAAAGAAGUUCGACAGCAGCAGUUAAUUCAAAUAUAUGAACUUAUGAAACAACAGAGCAAUAAAUUUGGGGAAAUCAGUUUAUCAGAUGUAGAGGAACAAAUGAAGUUGUAUCAAUGAUAUUUUAAGAGUAACCUUGCAGAAAGACUGACAGAUGAUAUGUGAAGACAUUAUACAAUCUGUUAAUAAUCUGAAAACAUCUGCAUUUUGCUUCAUAAAUUACUGCUGUAUAUACCAUUUAUGUUCCAAGUAAUUAUCUCAUCAAUGAAUGGAAGAAUAGUUUUUAGCCAUUUGAGAUGUGUAGUGAAGGAAAAUAAAUUGUUGUAAAGAACUCAGGUGUCUAAUGUGUAGUAAGAAGUUGAAUAUCAUCCCACAUUAAAGCAAGAAGUGGUUGCCUGGAAACAUAGUAACUUCAUUUCUCUCCAAAAAAUAUUUGCUAACAGUCAAUUGGAAAGGUAGUAAUAAUAAAGUUUCAGGUAUGGAAAUCUGGUGAACUGGAACAUCAUUCUUCAUCUUGUUAUUGUUAGUCAUGACUAUUUUAAUUUUGAAAUAUCUGCAUCAAUAUCUAUCAAAGAUGUAUAAUAUGUGGUUAGGCAUCAUUAUAAUGCCCUUUUGCAUCUGUUUUCUAGAGUUUCUAAAGAAUUAUUGUAUUAAAAUCCUACCAGAGCCUGCCCUUAUCAUAAUCUUCCUCAAAUGAUUGAUUUCUGGUUGUUUUGCAUGGUUGUCUGAAGAGAAAACUGUAGCAUAAAAUUCAGUGCUGAAGCUGACAUCAUUCAAGAUUCUGUUCAGAAUUCACCAAAAAGGCUUCUGUAAAAUGCCUUCCUGACAUGCUUUGAAAAGUAGACCAAGUUAUGGGACCAUUGCAUGUCAUUUGAAGGCAGACAGAUUUGAGUAAGGACGAUAUAUAUUAAUUACCUCAUUUUUCUACAGUUUACUCUGUUUUUAUGGAAUGGCUUUUGUAUGAAAAAUUCAGAUAUUUGAAUUUGCGUGAUUAAUUGCUGUUCUGUUUACUAGUCACUAAAAUUCUAUUGAAUUUUGUUAAAAAUAUUAUUGUUUUGCAGUGUUAAGAUUUAGGAGGGGUAGAGAAUAAAAUCAUAGUAUAAUACCUCAUAAGGUAAUGCAUUGAAAAUAAAUAAUUAAAUGUACAGUUCCUUAUUAGAUGCUGAAUUUGAAACUUGUUAUAAAUACAUACACUAUGUUAAGAAAUAUAAGUAUCGCACAUAUGACAGAGAAAAAUAUUUUUGUCUCCAAAUGACUUUUUGCAUGGAAUAAAGUGAUGUUACACAUAUUAACCAUAUUAAGAAAUUGAAAUGCAAUUAAUAUUAGCAAAAUGAAUUCAUUUUUUUUGUGAUAUCUAAUAGUUAGGUAAAGAGUUGUCUAUAAAAGAUAUGUACUGAAAUUAAAGUCUUCAAACAGCAUCAUAUUGAAAUUUUAAGAUUCUUUUAUAUUUGUAAACAUGACAGCUUCCAGCUUGUAUAAUAUUUGUUUAUAUUUAUGUACAUUUAUAAAUAAAAUAUUUACAUUUUGAGAAUUU